UUGAAGCUAGCCUGGUAGCUAGUUGACAACAAUGGGCGAUAGUGAGCAGGUUGAGUGGAAGUUUAUGAAAUUAUACCUUACCGAUAUUGUAAAAACUAUUUCGAAUAAAUCUGCUACACGGAGAUCGAAAAGAAAACCGGUUGCCUAUCAUGAAGAACAACAGCCGGAGGUGGCCACUCCUCAAAGCUCCGAGAGGCAGCUGAGAACUCCUCAGAGAAACUCCCGGAGGCAAAGUCCCAGGACACGUUCUAGUGUUCUAAAAGAACAAGAGAGGGGCUUUUCUCCCGUGUCUGGUUCUGGGGAGGAGAGCGACAAGGAGGCCUCCCCACCGAAAAGGAGGAACGGAAUAAGCAGCUCCAAAAAGACAAGAACAAAGUCUCCAUCAAAGGAUUGUGGUGACUGUUCCGGGGCCGAGCCUGGUGAACAGCUAGAAGAGAGCACAAAAAGAAAAUGUAAAUAUAGCAACUCAAAAAAGAAAAGGACCAAUAUUCGCUGCAAGGAGGAGGAUGAUGACAAUUUGUCAGAUGAACAAACCGUGGUGGCUUCCCCCAGAAAAAGGAGGAGGCAAUGUAGUGACUUCGAUGUAUUUGAAGCGGAGACUGAAAAAUAUAAUACGGUGUCUGAGCCGUUGGAGGACGUUGUGGAGGAGGAGACUGAAGUGGCCUCUGCUUCUAAGAGGAGGAAGCAGCGCAGCCCCCCCAAAAGAACUACUCCUCGUGGAGAGAAAAAAGCUGAAAGUGAUCAUUAUGAAUUGGGAGAACAGGCUGAAGAAACUCCCCCUAGAAAAAACCGUAGCGAGUCUAAAAAGGUAAGAACCAGGACUCCCUCUGAAGACGUGGUGGAAGUUGAAAGUACCCACUUCAAGACGGAAGAACACGCUGCAGCUGAAGACACGACCCUCAGAAAAAGACAGAUGAGGUCUAAGAAAUCUAAAAAGAAGAGAUCCAAGAGUCCUCCCAAGGAGGCCAGCGACACAGAGAGUGAUGGUGAAUCAGGCAAACAUAUUUCCAAGACCUGGCCUAAGGACUUCCAUGAAGAAGAGCGUGACCAAGAUGCCAAGACUCGGCCUAAGGACCUAAGUGAGCAGACUGAGUCUAAAGGCUUAAGUGAAGAGGAGUGGCACUGUUCUGACCAUUCAGAGAAGGAGACUGAACACGAGGUGUUACCUGCAAAGAGAAAGAGAGGACCCAAGGGCAAGAAGACAAUGAGGUCAGAUUCUGAAAACGUCACCGUUAAAAAGAAAGGCAAAAAGCAAGGUGCCAUGGGUUUGAAGGCACCAAGAAUAAGAUUCACACCACCCGUAGAGAAAAGGAUAAGGGUGAAAACACUUCACAUUUGCAGUUUCUGUGAAAAGGUCCUGCCUAACAGGGCUGCUCUGGGUAGGCACCUUCAGCGUCACACAGGGGAGAAGCCUUACCACUGUGAAGAGUGUGGCAAAGACUACGGCAGCAAAACCACCCUGAAGAUUCACAACAUGCAGGUUCACCACAAGGGCACCAAGGACUUCAUAUGCAAUGAGUGUGACCAACAGUUUACCCACCUCACGUACCUCAAACGCCACCUGUACUCCCACACGGACAAGGAAAAGAGACCACACCUGUGCAAUGUGUGUGGGAAGCAUUUUAUCCAGAAGUCCCACCUGGACCGCCACAAGAUGAUUCACACCGGAGAGAAACCAUUCAGCUGCGAACACUGCGCCAUGGCCUUCAAUCGGCCAGAGUACCUGCGGAUGCAUCUGAAGCUGCACGUGUCGGGUAGUGAGGGGCCAAAUCUGGCAGAGCAAGAGAAGACAAAGUGCCCGGAGUGCAACAAGAGUUUUGUCAACCCAAAGUACCUCAACAUCCACAUGAGAAUGCACACUGGGGCGAGGCCAUACAAGUGUGAGCACUGUGCUAAGAGCUUCACCCAGACCAGUAUUCUCAACGCGCACCGACGUACGCACACGGGAGAAAAGCCACACAAGUGUAAGUCGUGCGGCAGCUGCUUCACCCGUCGCAGGUACCUGGAUGACCACAUAGGCAGAAAGCAUGGGUCUUUACAGCAAAUGAAGGAACAGGAGGAUGAGCAAUGACAACACUGGGUGUUGUGUGGUAAUGUAAUGUUACGGUGGGGUCUGGAAUUUUUGGAUGCCUUUGAUAAAGAUGAGCAAAAAAAGACUGUAUGAAAUAAAUUUAUGCAACAUU